UGUUGUAUUUUUUUUAUCAGUUUGACAAAUUUAAAAAUUGAUAAAUGAUAAGUUCAGUUUCUUACAUACUCGACCUGCAAAGUGUAAACUGCAAAACAACUUACUGAAAUUUUUUUGGUUGCCCUUCAAAAUGUCGUAUAAAUACUUAAAACAGACAACUGGUCUUACUAGACUCAAUGUAGCAAAAAGUCCACAUUAUACUUUAGGAGUUUUAUACGGAAAGAUUCUGCGGACCUUGCGUAAGAUGCCGGAGGAUGCAGCAUAUCGAAAGUAUACUGAGCAAAUAAUUAGCAAUAGAGCCAAAAUCGUUCAAGAAACCGUAGCAGUUGAAGAUUUUGAAAAGAAAAUUGAUUGUGGACAAGCUGAAGAAUUAAUUGUACAGGCUGAAAAUGAAUUGAUCUUGUCCAGACAGAUGUUGGCAUUUAAACCAUGGGAAUCGUUAAUUGUCAAACCAAGUGCUGACCAAUGGUCUUGGCCUCCGUCAAAGUAAUUUGUUUUAAUAUUGUAAAAUAGUUUGAUUUCAAUUUGUUAGAUAAUUUAAAUAUGUAUUCCGCAAAAUUUUGAAUUUUUAUUAAUAAAGUGAAACAUAAAGUAA